CAAAAGAUAAGUGAACUAAUGCUACAAACCACGUGUCCUCGUGGUGCCACGCAAAAUGAGGAGAAAUCUCACCACAUCAUCGCUCCACGUGUUAGCUUCUAAUCACAAGUCACAACCGCACCGUGAGCAGAAGCCGUUAAACCAGCAGCUAAAACAAGACCCCCACACACUUCAAGAUCGACGGGCAAUUGCCAGUCGACAUACGUCCGCCUUGCGGACUAUUAUUUCCCCCAAACCAAUUUCACUUCCAUCUCCAAAACCGACUAUAACCGGUAACACGUACUCUUAUCCCCUUCCCUAUAUAAAUACAUCAGAGGGUUUCACUUAUUUCCUCCGUCCGCCGCCUUUGCUGCUGAAUCAUUGUUCUUUGCACAAUCUUCGCCACUGGAUUUUUUUUAUUCACGGUUAUACCAUUCUGGUUAUGAGAGCUGCCUGUUGCCGGGAACCUGAGAGCCCAAGCUCUUCUCCAUCUCUCGGUUUCCCUCGACCCCGAUUCUUCCGUUAUCGGCGUUUGAGGUAAUCGGAAAUCCACACAUACAUCAAGAAGUAGGUUGGAGGAUUUCGCGUACAAACGCAAUACCUUUAUUUCUUCAAUAAUAUACUAUGCCGACAUCAAAGAGUACGAACCGGAAAGGACAGGAACCGGAGAAGAACAGAUCGAAGGGGAAAUUUAUUGAGGAGCCCUCGUCGUUUCACGGGAGGAUACCGGUGACCACAAUGUCUACGUCUUCUCAGAUUCGAAGGCCAAAGACACUACCGGACUUAUUAUCCGGUAAGACUGUCUCCGGAUUCUCGCCGGAUGCGAAGCCACUGCGACCGACUAAGCUGCUACUAAAAGUGACAAUACAAGGGAGCGUUGGACCUGUACAGGUGUUGAUGUCGCCGGAAUCCACCGUAUGUGAUCUGGUGGCUGCUGCACUGCGGCAGUACUCAAAGGAAGGUCGCCGCCCUAUCCUUCCUUCCACCGAUCCUUCCGCUUUCGGUCUCCACUACUCCCAAUUUAGUUUAGAAAGUUUGGAUAGAGAGGAAAAACUCAUGGAGUUGGGAUCUAGGAACUUCUUCAUCUGCUGCCAAAAGAAGUAAUAAAGCGUGGACGGUGGAGUGACAACGACGACGUCGUGUUGUUCGAAGGAAGCUGAGAAGGCAACCAAAAGUGGUUUCCCGUGGCUGAAGUUCAUGGGCUUCUGAGCUCUAAUUGGCUUGGGUGGCAUCAAUAUUUUCUUAAGCAAUUGCUUUGUAUCGUCGUAGAUUAAGAACGAAGCCUCAUAAAGUCGUGCGGAUGUGUACACAACCAUGUGUGACUCAAACAACCGACACUUAAGAUAGAGUUAAAAUGUCCCUGCUCUAGACAAUUGAUUUAAUACUUCAACGUGAUGGGUCCAAUUAGACAUGACCCAAAAAACCAGCCCAUUUUCACUAGAUUAGGCCCGAGCAAAUAUUUUCUGGUAUUAAAUAUUUUUUGAUGAGUUUAAAUUUACUUAUUUUAUUUUCUGUUCA